AUGCUGCGCCUCCGCUCAUCCCUGCCUCUACUGCGCAGCCGCAGAUUCUCCAGGACACAGCAAGCCGAGCAGGGAGAGGCAAAAAUGGCCCUCGAUAAUUUGAUUUUCGGCCAGUGCAUCCUCUAUUUCUUAGCCUUCGUGUUCGGUUUCAUCGCCGUCGUGCCUCUGUCAGAAAACACGGAGGACUUUGGAGGGAAAUGUCUGCUCUUCACGCGGGGAAUGUGGCAAAACGAGAACAUCACUGUGUCGAAGCAGCGCUUCAUCGUGGAGGAGUGGGGACCCGAGUCUUCCUGCAGCUUUGUCACUUUCGUCGGGAUUGCGUCCCUCGUCCUGUCUGCAGUGCAGGCGUGGAGGCUGCUGUUCUUCCUGUGCAAAGGACACGACGACUCCAUCUUUAACUCCUUUCUCAACCUGCUGAUCAGCUCCCUGGUGGUGUUCACUGUCUUCCUGUCCAGCACUAUAGUCAGUGUAGGCUUCAAUCUGUGGUGCGACGCCAUUACUGAAGGGGGGACCAUGCCCAGCAGCUGUGAAAACCUGCAGGACACAAACCUAGAACUGGGUCUGGACAACUCUGCUUUUUAUGACCAGUUUGCUAUAGCCCAGUUCGGCCUUUGGGCUUCCUGGCUUACAUGGCUCGGCAUUGCGGUGAUGGCCUUCCUCAAGGUUUACCACAACUACAGGCAGGAGGACCUGCUGGACACCCUGAUCCAUGAGAAGGAGCUGCUGCUCGGCCGCUCGUCCCGCCGCGACUCUGACCUCAAAACUGGCCCCAUCUAGAAACUGCUCAAGAACAUGAAAUCGCCCUCAAGCUUUCACAGUCGUCCUGGCUGCCAUGAGAAACACCAACGUUUGCCUCUUCAGACAAUCACAAUCAAUUGGCUUUUGCUUUAAUUGACGGUGAUUUGAAUUAUUUGGAGGAUCCAAAAUUAUUUUCUCCAGAUUUAUCUGCUAGUGACCUAAUUAUAUCUUUACAGUUUGAUGACAGGUGUGAAUUUUUAAUAUAGUCAUCUACAUAGUUUAAACAAACAUCUGCAUGAAUAUAAUGCAUGGAAAGUUUAUUUUAAAUAUUCUUUUCUACACUUUCCCUUACUUUUAGGAGACGCCUUCCAUCUAAUAAAGCGUGUAUUAUUUGCAUGUUACAGUGAAGUAGAACUAUGUACUUUGUUGGCACAAAAGCUCAAAAUAUUUGGCAGCCAGGUGACAAAAUACUGUCAGUAUUUUUCAGUGAGAUAUCGAACAGAUCUUCCUACCUGAUAAUGUACUCUACUACUGUGACAAACCAUAUGUGUGCAUGCAUCCUUCUCUCUGCUACAUGGCAUAAUCACUGUGAGGCAAGUAAAACUGCUUUAUUGGUAAUUUAUUUAAAACAAGUGAAAAACAUGAAAGAGUAGGAACAGAGAAAGCCCUCCAUCAAGGCACAUCAUUUAAAGAAACGUUUGGACAGCAGUGUGCAAAUACAGAACAGGAUGCAUUAUUGCUGAUGGCGAUUCUGACUGACAGUACGGAGCCUCAAGUAUUUCUUUUUUAUAUAUAUAUUCUGAAUGAAACAGCCACAUAUUGCUUUGAUAUUCAACCAUGAAAUGUCAAACAUUCCUUUAGAGUUCCCUGAACAGAUGGAAACUUUAUUAUUGCUCUUAAGGAGGGAGGUAUGUGAGAUGUGCAUCACUGUGCUCUUCCAUUCCUUUAAUGCAUUUGUGUGGUUGAAUUUUAUUGGCUUUCAUUGAUAAAGGGACUCAUGCAACAACA